ACAACCCGGAAGUUGCGUUUUCUUGUUUACAUUCUUCGAGCGGUGCAGCUGGCUGAAAAAAAUCACCAGCAGCCCUUUCCGCUAAAUAAUGAGUGACAGUUGAUUAGGUUCGUGAAUCUGUUGCUUUUAGCCGCACUUCCCCCUCCCACCGCCCGGCCAUGGCGCUCGCUCGCUGCUGCGGGCCUCCGUGGGCAGCCUCGCCGCUGCUCCUGCUCUGCUGGACGGCGCUGCUGAUCGCGGCGGAGCAGGUCGCUGUGGUGGAGGUUUUCCUCGAGCAGCGGCCCGACGCCAGCGCUCUGCUCCAGGGGGAGGUGGUGGAGUCCGCGGGAGGCAGCAGCAGCUCCGAGAAGCGAGACGAGCUGCAGGGAGAGCUGGUGCUGGUUCGGGACGAGAAGCUGCAGACGAGCGCGGACAAAGACGCAGACGAGGCCAAAGAGCCGGAGCCGUGGAUCGGGGUGGUGCCGGUGGAGAUGGACGACAGCAAGGCCUCCACUGGGAACCAGGAGUCCUUCGCUGAUGCAGUGGUCAACAGAAUGAAGCGAGCUCUGGUCCUCGGAGCUUCAGCACUGAUCAUUUUAGCUCUCAACCAAAACACUGUCAGUGAGAUGGAUCUCUCGCAGGCGCUCUCCAAGCCCAUCAUAGUGAUCCAGACGUCUGAAAAUGUCACCAAGCUGAUCGGAGCUCUGCUCAGGGGCCUUCAGGCGACAGCGAAAAUCACCUACAGGACCGUCCUGCAGGACAACCUGGGAGCCACGCUCACACUGUGGUCGAGCUGUGGCCGCUCAAGAGGGGGCCGCUAUGGAGAGUGGCAGGGGGUCAUCUGCACCGGAGAGACCAACUCCCAGGUCCAGAAGUACCUGCAGCAGCUGUGGGACACCGUGGUUCUGGUGGCGCUGAUCCUCAGCACCGGAGUCAUCGUCCAGGCUCGUUGGCAGAACCAGGACCAGCAGCUGAACGACGACAUGGAGCUCCUUCCUAAACAGGACGUUCUGAAGAGAAUGUCAUCCCUGAAGACCAAAACAUAUCAUCAGCCCAAACCCUGGUGUGACCCGUCGCAGCCGGUGGAGACGGAUAACUGUGCCGUUUGUCUUGAGCCGUUCAACAACAACCAGGUUUGUCCUGUGUGGUCCCAGUGUCUGCGGGUUCUGCCCUGUCUCCACGAGUAUCACAGAGACUGCGUCGACCCCUGGCUGCUCCUGCAGCACACCUGUCCUCUGUGCAAACGCAGCAUCCUCAGCAGCGUCUGCAAAGAAAGUUAACGGCCACCUCACCAACACCUCCACCGGGACCUACGCCCCCGUCCCUUUUGUAAAACCGACCACACCUCCUCCUCCUUCCACUGAUGAAUUGUUGGAGCAAAUACGAGCUUCUCACAGCAGCUGAUCGGCCGUCCGGACUGUGGAGCAGUCGGCUCUGGCUUCUGACCUCCAGCUGGUUGUCAGACAUACAGGGGUAGUGCAGACAAUAAUGAAGUACUGUACCAGUACUGUUGGGUAUGAACAGUGUUAUGGUGUGAAACUGUGUGUGUUUGUGUGUGUUCUGUAGCAGUGAAGGUCUGACCUUUAAACACAUCCUGUUUCUCUGUAACCAUCUGAAAAUUUGACCUUUAAUCUGUAACGGGUCAUGCAGAUGUAGAACCCAUGUCCACAUGCCUUAGGAGUAAGAGGAGGCCAAACCUCAAAACCACCAUGAGUGAUGCUACAGUACAGAUGCUCUGCUUUUAAGGUAAAAUGAAACCGUUACGCUCCAAAGAUUUAAGAAAAAGGUUGACUGAAACCCAACAGAGGAUCAUCGUGACGUAAACCCUCAGCUCCUUCCUGUUUUACCUGCAUGAAGGAAGCAUCAGCCGGUAUCCAAUAUUCUUCCAUUUAAAACCAAUAAUGCAUGGCUCUUAGGAUGCAGCCAGACUAUGUGCUCUGUCUGCAGUGGUCCUGCUACACUGAGCAACCCUUCUAAUCCAGGAAAGCAGAUUCCUGUAUGCAUUCAAAUGCAACACUUCCUUCAGAUGCACAUAAGCAGACUCAGUGUGAAGAUGUAGGCACUUUGAUUCUGCAGCACAACAAAACUCAGCUGGGUAAGUAAUGAAGCGAAAAGGACCCUUUCAUACUGUGAACCCAGGUCAACAGGUCAGACGAGUGAAACUUGAAGGAUUUUAAAAAGUCGUAUAUUUAUUUACUUUUUUGCGAGGUCAACUUCAAAAGCAACCACAUGCUUUUUACUAAUACCAAACGCUUUGACAGAUCUGGUCUCUGCAUAGGAAAGUCUCCGUGCGUGACAACGUGUGGUUUCAUUACAGCUGCCAAACCAGCAGCAUCGUGAGGUUUGGAGCUGAUCUUCUAGGCAUCUUUUUAGUUGCUGUGGAUGUCAGUGAGUCAUCACACACUCACACCUGUUCCAUUACAUGCAAGCAGCUUUCACAGCUACUCUGUCUCCUGCUAGUUCUGCCACUUUAUCACCAGAUAAGAAUUGUUCUUCCAGCAACAGAGGGAGGAACUGCAGUCCUUCCAAAAGCCUGGAUGUCUUUUCCAUUUUAUUCCUGUCGUUAUGAUUCUUUAAUGAUGUCAAAAUGUAAUUGUUUCACGCUGGUUCUUAAUAAAUUGUUACUUGGCAAAAAUAUAGGUUUUAUCUUCUUCAGUCCCUCAGCUCACACU